UGCACAGCAGCAUGAACUCCAAGCUUCAAAAGCAUUCUCACACGCAGACGGGCACUUUAUUUUUCAUCAAGUUUUUUUUGUGUUGUUUUGAAGCUGCUUUGAAUGAUAAACACAUAUUUCUGCUGUAAACUUUUUUAAUGGUUUCUAAACUCAUGGGACAACCAAAGCAAGAAACCCUCAUGAUUUGGGGCAAGGUUUGAUGUCAGCAAUGCCUAGAAAAGCACAACUAUUUGGAAACCUCUGAGAACUUGGAUCUGUUUUUCUGUCUGGUACCAAAGCAAGAUUUUCUCUGAGCUCUCAUGAAAGAUCCUCAGGCUCUUGUGGAUUUAGAAUUCUGGAGCAACCCACCAUCCCAGAGCAAGAGCCAAAGAUGUUUGUCUUGCUCUAUGUUACAAGUUUUGCCAUUUGUGCGAGUGGACAACCUCGGGGUAAUCAGUUCAAAGGAGACAGCUACUCCCCAAGAUAUAUCUGUAGCAUUCCUGGCUUACCUGGACCUCCAGGCCCCCCUGGAGCAAAUGGUUCCCCUGGGCCCCAUGGUCGGAUCGGCCUUCCAGGACGAGAUGGUAGAGACGGCAGGAAAGGAGAGAAAGGUGAAAAGGGGGCUGCAGGUUUGAGAGGUAAGACUGGACCACUGGGCCUUGCUGGAGAGAAAGGGGACCAAGGAGAGACUGGGAAGAAAGGACCCAUGGGACCUGAGGGAGAAAAAGGAGAAGUAGGUCCUGUUGGGCCUCCUGGACCAAAGGGAGACAGAGGAGAGCAAGGGGACCCAGGGCUGCCUGGUGUUUGUAGAUGUGGAAGCAUCGUGCUCAAAUCUGCCUUUUCUGUUGGCAUCACAACAAGCUACCCAGAAGAAAGAUUACCAAUUAUAUUUAACAAGGUCCUCUUCAAUGAAGGAGAGCACUACAACCCUGCAACAGGGAAGUUCAUCUGUGCUUUCCCAGGAAUCUAUUACUUUUCUUAUGAUAUCACAUUGGCAAAUAAGCAUCUGGCAAUUGGGCUAGUACACAAUGGGCAGUACCGGAUAAAGACCUUUGACGCCAACACAGGAAACCAUGACGUGGCUUCAGGGUCCACAGUCAUCUAUCUGCAGCCAGAAGAUGAAGUCUGGCUGGAGAUCUUCUUCACUGACCAGAAUGGCCUCUUCUCGGACCCAGGUUGGGCAGACAGUUUGUUCUCUGGAUUUCUCCUAUAUGUUGACACAGAUUAUCUAGACUCCAUAUCAGAAGAUGAUGAGCUCUGAUGAGGACUGCUGGUCUGAAUGUCCCAAGAUCCUUGUGGCAGACACACCGAUUUAAUCUGGGGCCCUGGAAGGUGGGACAAGCAGAAAUGAGAUCCAAAAAGACACCCACUCAGAUUCCAGAGAAUUUACAGAUAGUUCUAGCAGAAUUUAUUAAAACAGGUUGAACUACCAAACCAUUGAAACCACACCAAAAUGAAUUCUAUAAAACAAUAACCCCAGAUAUGUUUUCUCAAAAGUGAUGUUCAUAAAUAUUUAAACAAAUUAAAGACAAUGUUACAAAUUUUCUAUUAAAUUCCCUGAGUGCUAAAACCAGCUGGCAAUGAUAUUAUAUCAUUAAAUCUUCAUACAAUUACAUUUUUGCCUGUUACUUAAGAGAGUCAUAACAUCCCAAAGUCCUUGACAAUUCUCAAAAAGUAAAAACCCAAAGGUAAGAGAAGCCAAGUAAUUUCAAGCAAGCUAAAGAGAAGUGAUUAUUUUACUAUAUUAUUCAUUCCUUCAUGCUUGUAUAUAUUCACUCAACAACUCUUUAAUGAGCCCAUAUGAGCCAGACACUCUGAUGCUGGGUCAGAUUUAAUGAUUUAAAACAAUAUCUGUACCUUCAUACAGGCUAAUGUGUGAUGAGCACACUCUCACAGUUCAGUGUGAUGAGCACCAUGGCAAAUAAAGUGACUGGAUGCUGGAGGCAUCUGUUCCUGGGGGUGGGAGGCAGAGAAGAUUUUACACAUGGAAGGACAUUAUGUGUGCUAAGUGUAUAUUAUUAAGUAGGUGGGAGGUAUGCAAAUAAAACAAGGAAUUUAGAAGCUGCAUUCUCCCCAUCUCAUCCUCAAACACCAUCAGGAAUGGGUGAAAAAUCUAGAGAUACCCUGGGAGGGGUAAUGGAAAUGAAGAGAAACAAGUUACAGAGACCAGUCAGUAGAUCAUUCUCCUAAAUUCUUUAUUGUGAUGGUUACCCAGGACAUAUAUUUGUCCUCUUAGCUUUCUCACAGAUAAGAGCACUACUUUACAUUAUAGUAAGACAUUAUUUCUCAUGGAUUUCCCAAGUAUUAAAUUCAAAUAAAGCAAAGCAUAUGACCAUUGAUUUAUGAAUAAGUUGAUGGGAGGAGUGAACAGGAGGAGAAGAGGGUGUGACCAAAUAUCUAAGCAAAUAGCUGUCUCUUCAAAGUUUCACACAUACCUUAAUUCCACUUUCUCUUAGUGUCAACAUCUUGUUCACGACUGAACUGCAAUUCCUCAGUUAAUCUCACCCAUGAUACUCUCACCCACACUCCCUUGGCUGAUAGUAAUGGUGUUCUCUUGCUCCUCCUUUUUGGCGUCAUCUGACCCUCCUUCCAUGUAUUCUUCUCUUUACUCUUUCAUUUAAUAAAUAUCAUUUAAUGCCUCUUA